AUGACCGAGCGCAUCGUCGGUCGGCCAUGGACCGCUCAGGAGGACCGUCUCCUCGCCAACGCCGUCGCAACCCAUGGAGAGUCUGACAACUGGAAGGCUGUAGCCCACUGUGUACCGGAAAGAACCAAUAAAGCUUGCAGGAAGGCCAGUAUUGAUCUCAUAAUCCCAAUUCAGUUCUCCCAAUACGUUCAAAAACAGCGAUGGCUUCAUUCACUAUCACCGAAUGUGAAGAAAUCUGCUUGGACGCCAGAGGAAGAUCAUCUACUUUUGGAACUCUACAAAGUCCAUUCAACAAAGUGGUCUGUGAUCGCGCGACAUAUACCUGGUCGUACUGACGACGCUUGUUCAAAACGCUAUCGUGAGGCACUCGACCCUUCUCUCAGGCGUGAUGAAUGGUCCAAGGAAGAGGACGACAAACUCUUAGACGCGUACUCACGCUUGGCUGGGCGAUGGCGCGAAGUCGGCCAGGAGUUACAGCGCAGCGGAUUAGCCUGCCGUAACAGGUGGAGGCUUCUUGAGCGAAAAAGAAACAUCUUAACCGAGCCUCAGGGUGUCGCAGUUUCAAAACCAUCUUUGACUAUGUCUUCAGAACCAUCAAGUCCUGUGCUAACGUAUCCUGAUCCCACACCUUGGCCACCUCCACCCAUGCUCAACCCCAGACAUGUAGAACCCUCUUCAGUUUCCCAUCCACAGUCAAUACAGCACGUUGUCAAUCUUCCGCCCCCAUUUCAUUAUUCGUCUUCAUCAUUAAGUUCGGCCUUGUCAUCUCCACACACACUUGCAACCAGGUAUGAAAAAAGUACCGCGGCCCCUAGCGGCGCUUACCAAACUGGGGAAACUCACGCCGCCCCGCACUCUAUUGCCUCCGUUCCGCCGGCCGAUAAUACGCCCGCUGUUUUUGACUAUGGGGUAGUCCUCGAUCCAUCGCUCGUCAACGCCACACAAGCAACGGAUUAUGCCGCUGGACAUCGCCCUGUGUAUGAAGACAACGUUGCACAACGCCAUUAUAACGACAUUCAGCGAAGCGUCGUUCCCACACCUGUCCCAUCUCACACACCCGUUCCUACUCAACGUACAUCGGAGUAUUAUUCGUCUUCGCCUCGUCAUAACGAGUGCCACCAUCAAUUGAUCCGUGAUGGAGAGACUUCUCCAUCACAGCUCUCUCUCGAUUCGUGUUAUCCUCAUCCAACCGCUUCUCAGGGUGCUUCCGUCUCAUUGGUCCCUUCAGCGCUAGGCCUAACCCACGAGGCGACUGACAAUUACUAUGUGGCUCAUCCUCACCAACAGCUUGAGCAUGAUGUCCAGCACUUUGUGAUGUCAUCGCCGGAUUCAUCCUCCGUCUGCAGCGUUCACCGCGAGUAUUUCCCGUCUUCAUCCUCAUCGGACAUCCCCUCUAUAAAGCCAUAUGCGUGCGGUCACGAGAGCUGUUGGCCGGCGACCUCGGCGAUUUCCCGUGCUUGUUACACUACUUCGCGAGGUCUUUCGGACCACAACAAGAGUGCGCAUCCAGAAGAUUCUGGUGGGGAGAGGCCGUACAGAUGUGGUUUAGACGGAUGCGGAAAAUCUUGGAAGGCACGUCAUUUCGGUUCCGAAAGCAUUAAUGGGUUACAGUAUCAUUUACAAAUAUCGAAGGCCCAUUUCCAACACGCUAUUGUGUCAACUUUCGUUACCUCUUACAUCGAUGGCCUCACCGUCCCUUCUGUGGAGGCAUCUCCUGGCGAAGGCGAAGAUAAGGUCAAAAAACAAUAUUCUUGCCCGCAUCAAAGCUGCCCAAAUCGGUACAAGCAACUCAGCGGACUUCGUUAUCAUCUAACCCAUGGUCACCCUACAGAUCUCCCGGUUCAGCUAGAUCUGGUGCCUCCUGCCCUAAGUCGCAAAUUGGCCGAGAAGAUGCGGAAGGAUGGGACCAACUCACAACCCCCUGAGACACAAAUGCAAAAUUCUCUUCCUGCUCUCGACCCCUCGCCGAGCUACUCUCCUGGACAUGUGUCCGCAUAA